AGUCAACAUACCUAAAUUUCUGUAGGGACAACAUCAGAAUGAUUCUCGUCACAUUUUACACAAUUUAAUAAACUCAUAAAAUUACAGCUGAAACGGGAGAGAGGAUGCGGUCGGUAAAAACACACUUAACAGGCUGUUGGACGCAGAAGUCGAGAGUCACCAUCAGUCAUUCAAAAUAUCCUCUCCUCCUUGCUUUGGAGGGUUUAAACAGGUAAAAGAAACUAUUAGGACUGGGAUUUUUUUACGAGGACAGACAUGCACACUUGGAAGUCAGAGGUCCAGAUGCAGAAAUCUACAGCGCUUUUUGGGAUGGUCAGUCAUCAGACAGAUUUAACAGAAAUGACUUUCUCCAUGUUCAGCAGUAAAGCAGACAUCUGCCCGAAGCGCGUCUCUGCGGACGGCUGUGAAUCAAACCCCGCGUCGAUUCAGAUGCGCUGCGGAUCUGAAGAUCUCAAACUGCACGCGCAUCAUCAUCAUCACACCUCAAAACUUCAAUGUUUCACCAUGUCACCUGGAGAAGUGAAUGGAGGAUGUAUCUCAUUCUGUUUAGAGAAGGAGAGUGAUCCUGACAUGACAGGAGAAGAUGGGACCUCGAUGCGCUGUGGACAGAACCUGUCAGUUCAGUCAGGUGCCCAAUACCACCACAGUAGCCACUGUGAACAGCCCACACAGACCCUUCACCUACAGGAAAGCCCUCACCGUGAUCGCAGGUCUGCUGGCUUUCAGACGGACAUCAGCUCAUCCUCUCUGCCCAGUGGCUUGAAUGGAUGUCGGGCAUUGCACUCGUACCCCAUCAAACAGGAGGACUCCAUGGGAUACAAACUGGGAUCGGGAUUGGGCGACUUUUCGGGAGGGAUGUGCUCGGGUCGGAGGGAAUCGGACCGUCCUGGUAGUGGUGGCAGCAUAGCAACCGCUCUGUCGUUGUCGGCGAUGGCGGUGACCGUGUAUCCAUUUAAUAAUGAAGAUGGCUCCUCCCCGCUGUCUUUGUCCCCAAGCUCGCGUCACUCAGCAAGGCUGAAUGCUAGCGGGCUGAAGAGACGGUGCCUUUCCGUGGCCUCCCAGUCAGCUGCCGUGGCAGCCUCGGAAGGAAUCGAUAUCGCCGCCAACAUCUGCUCCUCCCAGAUGUCAACGGUGGCGUGCGUUAACGGACUACGCACCAAUUCGUCCUCGCCCACUACGGCCGCAUUCUCCCGGCCCAUCUCGACGACAUCCCACAAGCCUCUCCCCACUCCCAGCCCGCAGGACAACUGUCAGCUUCCGUCACCCUCAGCCUCCAGCUGCCUCCUGCCCCUCACCUCUUCGUCGUCCACCACCUCAGUGUCAUCAUUGGAGCAGUGUGAGGACGUAGGAUCCAUGCAGCCUGGCAUGGGGAGCAAUGACGGGCUUGGACUUCUCAUACAGCCCGGUAACCUGCUAGAGGGCUGUCAGCGUGGAAAUGCUGUCGGUACGGCAGCGCUGAAACAGGAACCCGUGGAUGAGUUCUCUCCAAGUGAGGAGGAGCUCUUUCAGCAACAAUAUCACCAUUUGACGAGCCGUGGAAACCACCAGCAUGGCCACCAACGCAGUGGGCAUCCCCACCAUCACCAGACUGGCCCCCCGCGGCCACCCAUGCCCCCUCCCUACCACCUGCACCAGUACAUGGGCUCCGGCCCAGGAGCUCUACUGCAUCUUCAAAGUCAGCAGUCGCCACCCUCAGGCUUGCUGGCACAAUCUAAAACCACAGGCCUGGCAGAGCAGCAGGUGGGCGACAGAGAGGAUGCCAGUGGAGUAUUUAGCGAUAAGCAAAUAUGCCGCUGGAUUGACUGCAGUGCGGCGUAUGAACAGCAGGAGGAAUUGGUUAGGCAUAUUGAGAAGGUCCACAUUGACCAGAGAAAGGGCGAGGACUUCACCUGCUUUUGGGCCGGAUGUGUCAGGCGGUACAAACCCUUCAACGCCCGCUACAAAUUACUUAUCCACAUGAGGGUGCAUUCGGGUGAGAAGCCUAACAAAUGCAUGUUCGAGGGGUGUAACAAAGCUUUCUCACGUCUGGAGAAUCUAAAGAUUCAUCUGCGGAGUCACACAGGAGAGAAGCCGUACCUGUGCCAGCACCCAGGCUGUCAGAAAGCCUUCAGUAACUCCAGCGACAGAGCAAAGCACCAGCGCACACAUCUGGACACUAAACCAUAUGCGUGUCAGAUCCCAGGCUGCACCAAACGCUACACAGACCCGAGUUCCCUUCGCAAGCACGUGAAGAUCCACUCGGCCAAAGAGCAGCAGGUGCGUAGGAAGCUGAGGGCCUGCCCGCAUUUAGAGCCUGAUGCGCUGAGCGAGUGUCUAUCGAUGCAGCAUCUGCACGGCUCCGCCCUUUCUCAGCAUCCACACGGUCACACCCCUUCUCAGCACUCUUUGAAUGGAAAAGAAAGCCGUUCUCCGGGACUUGGACAGGAGAUGUUUACAGGCCUAUACGCUGGCUCCGGCACGACACACAAUGGAGCCCCACUUGAGAUGCUGUCUCCUGGACACGACCUGCCCCACAGGCAGCCCCGCCUGGACAGCCCACACCACCUCUCCCCGCUGUCUGGCCUGGAGUGCACUCGGGAAGGGUUAUCCGGAGCUUUGCUGUCACCUGGGAUCAGUCUGAUGAAAGCAGCUACAUCUCCUCCACCAUCAUUAGAGAAGCAACAGAACCCAUCAUCCAACCAGCAGCACCUCCAUACGCACCACAAACCCUACACCACCUUCCACAACUUGUCAGCAAGUGAGGAUUACCGUGGUAAUUUUCAGAGCUGUUUCCAUUUUGGCGACAACUACAGAAUGGAGCAGUCUAUCAGCGGCAGUCAUUUACCUUCAGAGUCUCACAACUUCAACACGAAUACACACAAUGGCUUCCACAUGAGCUGUUCCACCAGCACCUCUUCUACAGGUUUCAGCUUGGUGCCGGACAUCAUAGGCUCAGGUUGCCAGUUUUCACCCGGCACAGAGGAGAAUGUGUUCUUUCAAGUGGGCGGAUUCGAUCGCGGGCUGAGCCAAACGUCGUCCGUGUACACCGAGACGUAGAACCGGUUACCGCAAUCAACACAAUUCUGCUAUUUCACUCCAAACUGUUUGUUCGUUCCCUAAAUACAGACAACUCCGGACCGGAUCCGCGCCAAAGUCAGCAGCUCCGGUGCGGAUCCGGCUCGGAGUCGUCUGCUGUCUGGGUUGGUUUUUCCCUCGUAGUUUGAAUUUUUUCAUGUUUGAAGUACAUAAUGUAUUUUUAAAUCACCUCGCUGGACUGAACUAUAACCCGUUCCCUUGACCACCCUAAAAGCUGCUAAUACACUACAGUGAAGGUUUAAUAAUAAAGGUCUGUGUUUUGGAGCAUGUUGAGUUGUGAAGUUAUGAAAUUGUGCUUUUUUUAAACCAUGUUUUGAAAUAUAUGUAUGUUCAAAGUCCAUGGCCUCAUGAGACCCCCUCUCCUCCCUCUCUUGCAAUCAUCAGUAUUCUUAAGAAACCCAACUGGUCAUCUCUGAUUUAAUUGUGAGUUUGGAAGAGUUUGAUAGAAACUUCAGAACCACCACGAUUCAUCAUUGAUGACUUCCAUAUUGCCUCUCAGAACCCCCUUCUGUUUUUGGUUGGCUGUUGUGUUGGAAACAAUUAUUUAGUGUUGCUGUGUUUUGUCAGUGAAUGUUUGCAAUGUUUGUAUUGCUUUGUUAUUUGGUUGUCAUCAUCCCAAAUAAACAGAGUUCUUUAUUUUGUAAUGGCUGAUGGCUUUAAUAUCUACCAAAUUUUCAACUUGUGUAUAAAAUGUACAGUUUGUUUAAUAUUAAUAAUUAUGUUGUUCUUUCGUCUCAAAAAAUAAAUGACUCUUG